CUGAUUUCAAAAGAAAAUGGAAAAUUCUCAGUGCUAAGAACUCAAGAGAAGACAAACAUGUAUAGACCACUUCUGGUACUCUUGUAUGUGUUUAUGCUCUCUGACUCACUUCAAUCUGCACGUAAUAAUAUCUUGCACCCAAAAACAUUUAAUGCGAGAAGAGCAGGAAACACAACAACAGAAAAUGACCUUAUUCUACCUGAACUUAAUGUCUCCAGCAGUCAUGUGCGGAACUACACAGCUGGGAUCCUCAGCACCAGGAUCAUUCCGGCAGCUUAUUUGAUUGCUAUUUUGAUAGGAAUCCCUUCAAACUGCCUAGUACUGGCUUGUCUCAUCAAUAAGAUAGGAAGCUUAUCUAGCGCAAUCCUCUACUUGAGCCUUGCGGUUUCAGACCUUCUCCUGUUGGUGUCCCUCACACUGAAAGUCCACUACCAUCUGAAUGGAAACAACUGGAUGUUCGGAGAACUUGCCUGCAAGCUGGUUACGGCCUGCUUUUAUGGUAACAUCUACUGUUCCAUCCAUGCCCACAUGUGUAUUAGCGUGCUGCGCUAUUUGGCUGUGGUUCAUCCGUUCCUCUACAGAGGACUCUCCAAAAGAUCUUGCACUACUUGGGCUAGCUUGACUAUGUGGGUGUUUUUCGCUGCCGCCAUGGCUCCAGAGUUACUCGUUCAUCAAAGCUACUACCUCGCCGAUGUGGGCAUCACCACAUGCCAUGAUGUUCUGCCUUAUGAUGAGGAACAAUACAACUUCUUAAUUCCAUAUAGACUAUGUCUCAUUUGUUUAGGUUUCAUGUUUCCUUUUGUGGUCAUCGCAUUCGCCUAUGGAUCCAUUGUGUACCAGUUGAACAGGUCUUGCUGUGACUGGACACACUAUAUCAAGGCAAGCACACUGGUUUUUGUGAUCUUCUUUCUGUGUUUUACUCCAAGUAAUGCAAUUCACUUGAUUCACUACGUAAGACUCUACACUAGCCAGCAGGACGACUUCUACAUUUACUUCAGCGUGGCUGUAUGUCUCUGCUGCUUUCACAGCUGUCUAGACCCCUUCCUCUCAUACUUCAUAACAAAGACUACAAAUUCCCAAGUGGAAUUUAUCUCCCUCAGCAGUUUUUCUCCAAUAACGUAAACUACUGCCUAAACCAAAGGAGGCCUGGGAAGUGGAGUGUUUUUGUACCAUCUAGAAGCAGUGGGGGUGCUCCCUGAUCUAAAAAGAACAGAACAAUGGCAAGCGGAUGUUAUUGCUACAAGGCAGUAUGUCAUUUGGAAAAAACUGAUACUUAAACAGACCAACUUGUUGGUCUUGUUUAUCCUGCCUACUAGACUUGUUUAAAACCCUAUUAAUACACUGAUGCAGCUGGUUUGUUAGAGAUAUCUGAACAGUUACGCUACAAGAUCACACCCAGUAAAAUGUGCCCAUACUUUCUGGAAAUACUUGAAAUUAAUAGGGGGUAUUACAGCAAUGUUUAUGCAGUGAUGAUUAGAACUUUAAAGAUGAAUUGAACUGAUCUUCCAAAAAUAAUACUGAAUACAUAAAUCGUUAAGAUGUAAAUGGUCAUUCGGAGUAGUCUGAUGUGAAAUGUGCCAUUCUAGAGAAACUUACCAAAUUAGAAUUAUUCUCAUUGGUUUAAGGGGAACUAGAAGUCAGCAUAAAGCUUCUGAAAGUUCUCACAAAAAAGUUAUUACAUGAAAUGGUAUUAAACAUGUUGCCUGAGACAUUGUUUUACAAUAUUUUUGCUAUACACUUUUAGACUAGAACAUAUUUUCAUACAUACAUACAUACAUACAUACAUACAUACAUACAUACAUGCAGAGCAUAGCAAGGGAAAAUAGAGAAACUCUACCUACUAUUUUCUACCAAUAUUUUAUCUGAUCAGCAUUGUAUUUAAAAACUCACACUUGUAGGUUUACUAGUUGUUUUGGACACUAAAUUAAAUGGCUCUGUUUGCAUUGUAGACACAUUGCACAAACUUGUAUCUCUGCAAGUGGAAAAACUUCUAGAAAAUACACAGAUCUUUGUAAGAAUAUUAUAAAAUGAUUCCACUUGUUUUUGCAUGUAUUGUACUUGCUUUGGGUAAUUUCAAGAAAUUGUCCUAUUCCACUGGCAGAUAAUUUUGCUUAUUUCAACAAAUAAUGCUUCAACAUAAGCAAAAGUAUCUGCCAAUAGAAUAAGACAAUUUGUAGAGAUAAAAUUACUUGAAACAAGCAAAACAUCUACAAAUGAGUUAAAUAAUCUUAUGAUAUUCUUAUAAUCCCAAAAUGAGAAAAACUAGAUUACUUAAUAAAAUAGAUUAGUACAAUAAAUAGAUGAUUUUUCCUACCAAGACAGCAUUUUUGGCAAUGCACUGUGACCCCUAGUUUAUACUGCCAUUGUAAACAAAAUCUGAGUAAUUAAGUUUCUCUAUAAUGGACCAUUUCACAUCAAACUAUCCAUCUAUGGAAUUCACAUUUAAAUGCUACUUUGCUUUUUUGUAAAUAAAACUGUUAAAGUAAUUACUGCCAUUGCCAUUGCUUACAGAUGUGAAACAUGUUGGAACAAACAAGUUCUUUGGCUUCUUAAGAACCUUCCAGACAGAUUUUCACUCAAUUAACUAUACACUGAAAUCAUGCUGAGACAUGAAUAGACAAGAAAU